AUGUCAGUUACAAUAGUUACAGGUGCCUCCAGGGGUCUAGGUGCUGCUAUCUGCAAUCUGAUACUACAAAAAGACAACGACGCAAAAAUAGUUGCCAUUGCGCGAUCGAAAGAUAAACUGCAGGAACUGGCUGACAAGUACGGCUCAAGGGUUCUCAGCAUAGCUGGAGACGUCACCGACACAAAUUUAGUAGCAACGGCAGUGCAAAAAACUGUCUCCACUUUCGGCAAGAUUGACUCUGUUGUUUUAAAUGCGGGGGUUUUGGAACCAGUCCAGCACAUCAGCGAGCUGGAUAUCAAUAAAGUGAAACGGUUGUACGACGUGAACGUGUUUUCUGUGAUGGAUCUGGUGAAACAGACUAUACCAUAUGUGCGCAAAACCGGGGGAAACUAUCUUUUUGUGUCAUCGGGUGCAUCAACGAAGGCCACAGAUGCAUGGAGUGCGUACGGGUCGUCAAAGGCAGUAAUCAAUCAUUUUUGUUUCAGUGUCAGCGCAGAAGAGACGAAUAUCCGCACUAUUUCAAUUGCCCCCGGUGUUGUGAAUACCGAGAUGCAGAAGGAUAUCCGGGAGAAGUUUGGCAAAAACAUGAAAUCAGAGGCAUUAAAACGAUUUACCGAUCUUUAUUUCCAGAACGAGCUACUGGCUCCUGAAGUUCCUGCAGCUUUGUAUGCAAAUCUCGCCCUGAAAGGAGUUCCGGCGGACUUGAAUGGAAAAUAUCUGCGUUACGAUGACGCAGUGCUUGCUAAGUUUGCAACCUAG